UACCGAAUAUUUAGUGAAAUCGAUAAAUACUCUCUUAGUGUUAUAAUGGUCAAUAUUAUAACAAACUGUUCAAGAUGAUAUCCUGAGAACCCUUACUAUGCUUCAGACAGUGCUAAACGAAGAUAAGUUGAUUUAGUUCUUUAAAAGAGUUAAGGAAUUAAUAACGAAACUGUUUGAAAAAAAUAUCGAUUACAGGUAUUAGUAAAAUUUUGCAGACGUAAAAAACUCUCUAACGCUUAAAAUUACCAGGGGUUUCGAAAGUAAAAAAUCAAAUUAAAAAAAAAACUAAACAGAGAACUGUGAUGUAGUAACAAUUUUAUCAAUCGUGCCCAAAACACUUAAUCAUGUCUUUUAUCAUGUUUAAGUUAAAAUCAAUAAAUUACUUGAAAGUAAAAAUUCUGGGUAAUUAACUAAAAAUGUUUCUAUCUGAUCGCUAAUGUGUUUAUGAUUACAAUUUUGAUAGUUAUUAACUAUAUUACAGUGACCAAGCUGAAACUUGAAAAUCAUUAUUUACCAAAAAACUGUCUAAAAGACCCGUGGGAAGUAAUUUUUUUUUUUUACAAUUUUAAGUUAUCACAGUAUUAAUAAAUAUAAAAAGUAUUUAUCAGUAUUGAAAUAAACAAACCCGACAUAAAUCAUAAUAUAAUCAAAAAUCAUCAAGGCUGUAAAACACCUGAAAUGUCAAAUUAAUCAACCAAUCAACGACAAAUUAUACUUAUGUUUAUUAUAUUUUUCUACAACACAGUUAAGAAAAGGCUUAACCCAUGAUAAAAAUCUCUCCUGUCUGUCUAAAUAAAAUUUUUAAAAACAAGCUUUGAUUAAUAAUUUUUUUCAAAACAAACAUUUUUUCAGGCGCCGUUGAGAAAUAAAUUAUAAAUCUCAAUAAAAAAAAUAUUGAUUUCUUCAUGGGGGUAGCUAAAAUUGUAUCAAAAAAAAAAUUAUACUUUGCCUUGUAACAUAAAUAAUUCACACAAAAAAUUUAUAAAUAAUAAUUAAAGUAUUGGUGCGCUCCCAUGCGCCAAUGAUAAGAUUUCAAAACAAAAAUUCUGUGAUAAAUUUCUCAAAAAUUCUAUAAAAGAUUAACCCCCAUCGAUGAAAGAGUCAAUUAGUACUUAAAUUUUUUUUUACUCAAACAAUGAAAAAGUCAUUAUCAUUUGUAGCCUUUUUGGUUAUACUGAGUUUAUCGUCUGUAAUAGCUGAUACUUGGCCAGGAAAAAUUUUCAAAGAAAUCAAAAAAAUCGAAAAAGUCUCCGAAGGAGUUGUAAAAUUCGUCGAAAAUGAACUCAAUAUUUACGAGCCAUGGUUUGAGAAAACUUCCGAACGUGGUUGGAUUUUGAAUAAAGAAGGCAAGAAAGCUUUGGAGAAUCUUCUUCUCACUUUACCUUGCGGCUGGCCACAAUAUGGAAUACCACCUUUAGCUCCUUAUACCAAUGAACAAUUGGUUAUUGAUCUGAAGAAAAGUAUACUUGAAACUUUGACAAAAUUGAAACAUUUUCGAAUUGAUGGUUUGGAUAUCUUAUUAAUCAACGAACUCAAAAUCAGUUAUGCUUUUCACAAAAAAGUCAAAUACAGUAUAACUUUCCCGAAAUUAGUACUCAGUGGAAAAAUUGAUACCGACACAUUACUCAGUCUAAUGAUGGAAUAUGGAAUAAGUGUUCGUUUUGAUGGCAAAGGAGAUUUUGAAAUGAUUUUGGAAAAUAUUAUAAUUGAUGGUUCGUUCAAUUACAAAAUACCAUUGAUAUUUGGAAGUGUAAAAAUUUCAGAUUUUCUUUCGGUUAUUUCGUUGGGAAAUGUCACAUCGGGAAUCAGAUUUGAGGGCACUUUUAAGAAACUCAAUGAAUUUUUAAAUGCAAAAAUACAAGAUUUCCUCAUGAGAAUUGUAAAUAAUAAUAAAAAUCCAAUUAGCGAUUGGAUUGAAGAGACUAUUGUGCCUUUUAUCAAUGAUAAUAUGAAAGGAAAGAAAAUUUGGCAUGUAAUUGGUAUGUUGGCUAAAAAUACUAAACCAUGUUAUCCACCACAUAUUCCAUGGGAAAAAGAGUCGAAGGAUGGUGAUAAUAAAGUUUAAGGUGUAAAUAAAUAAAUAAGUGAUAAUAAUCUUUGAGAAAAAAUGUGUUAAUCUCUUGAAAUAAAGUUUCUUCAAGAAACCGAUGUGGUCUUGAAGAAAUUUAGGACCUCUAAUUUACAUAUCUUGGCUAAGUACAUUACUUUAAUGACUCAAUUAUCAAUGUCAAUAGACUGAGUUGGUAAGGAAGUUUCGCUCAGUUUCUAAUAGUUGUUAACAGCUUGUUAUAAAGCUUAUUAACUAGUAAAAUUGCGGUUCUACGGGGUUGAGCUAAACAAUU